AUGUAUUUUCAAGUUUUUGGGUUUGGGCAUGGAGUAAAAAUCUACGCAAUCGAAUCGAUCGCACAUCUAGAGACAGAACACAGAGAGAGAAAGAAGCGAAACUUGAGAUCGGAAACCAUGGAGUCUACGAUAUCGCUGAAGCUGAAAGGGAAAGGAAAAGGAUCGAAGGGAGGUUCCUCUUCGAAUGAGAAAUCGAAGUUGCAGCUCGUCAAGGAAUGGAGCAAUUGGUCACUGAAGAAGGCGAAAGUGGCGACUCAAUACGGAUUCAUCCCUCUGAUCAUCAUCGUCGGCAUGAACUCCGAUCCGAAGCCCCAUCUCUUCCAGCUCCUUAGCCCUGUCUGA